AUGUUUUUUUUACUUUUUUCUCUUUUCUUCUUUUCUCCCCUUUCUUCUUUUUGUUUCCAUUUCAUUUUCUCUUUUCUUCUUCAUUUUCUCUUUUCUUCUUCAUUUUCUCUUUUCUUCUUCAUUUUCUCUUUUCUUCUUCGUUUUUUUUUUUCUUCAUCGUUUUUUCUUCAUCGUUUUUUCUUCAUCGUUUUUUCUUCAUCGUUUUUUCUUCAUCGUUUUUUCUUCAUCGUUUUUUCUUCUUCGUUUUCUCUUCUUCGUUUUCUCUUCUUCGUUUUCUCUUUUUUCUUUUCUCUUUUCUCUUUUCUCUUUUCUCUUCUCUUUUUUUCUUUACUUUCUUUUUUCUUUACUUUCUUUUUUCUUUACUUUCUUUUUUCUUUACUUUCUUUUUUCUUUUCUUUCUUUUUUCUUUUCUUUUUUUCUUUCUUUCAUAUUGUCACUUCUGUUUCUUUUGGCUUCUUCUGCUCAGCUCCGAACUACUCUCAUCUCCUGAAAAAUGUAAUAUUUGUUUUUUCUCCAUUUUUCCCUGCUUUUUAUUUUUAUUUUUCCUGUUCCCCCCUCUUUAUUUGUUUUUCUCUUUUUUUCCUUUUUCUUCUCCUUUUCUUUAUCUUUUCUUCUUUUUCUUUUCUUUAUCUUUUCUUCUUUUUCUUUUCUUUAUCUUUUCUUCUUUUUCUUUUCUUUAUCUUUUCUUUUUCUUUUCUUUAUCUUUUCUUCUUUUCUUCAUCUUUUCUCCUUUUCUUCUUUCUUCUCCUUUUCUUCUUUCUUCUCCUUUUCUUCUUUCUUCUCCUUUUCUUCUUUCUUCUCCUUUUCUUCUUUCUUCUUUUUUCUCUUUCUUUUUUCUCUUUCUUUUUUCUCUUUCUUUUCUCUUUCUUUUCUCUCUUUCUUUUCUCUUUCUUUUUUCUUUCUUUUUUCUCUUUCUUUUUCUCUUUCUUUUCUCUUUUCUUUUUUUUUCUUUUUUUUUUUCUUUUUUCUUUCUUUUUUCUUUUUUUUUUCUCUUUCUUCUUUUUUUCUUUUUCUUUUUCUUUUUUCUUUUUUUUUUUUUUUUCUUUUUUCUUUUUUUCUUUUUUUCUUUUUUCCUUUUUCCUUUUUCUUUUUUCUUUUUUCCUUUUUCUUUUUUCUUUUUUCUUCUUUCUUUUUUUCUUUUUUCUUUCUUUUUUCUUUUUCUUUGCUAAUAGUCAUCUCCAAGUCCCUGCGUGUAAAAGAGAUAUAGAAUUCCAACACCCACGUCCCCCUUCCCCCCUUCAUUCUCUUUUUUAUCUAUCUAUCUAUCCCACCCUUCCACUACACAGCUAG